AUGACGAAUACUCGGAUGGAAACGGAUGCUCAGAAGAUGACAGAUAAUUUGAUGACGAGAUUCGAAGUGUCUAACUCGGUCGAAUUACAAAAUAAAAUGGUUCAGACUUUCAAAUGCUUUUCUGAAAUACAACAGUUCAAAGCUGUAGGCAAUGAAUUUAUGGAAAAAAAACUUAUUAUAAUUUCAGAGGAGAGAAGUAAAUUUCGAGAUUUCGCCGAACAAUCAAUAAAACACAGUCUCGUUAUGAGAAAUCAUUCUAGCGAUUUGAUUACAUUUGCUGAGUGCUGUGAAGAUGAGAGCGUUAAUGAUUUUGAACUGUUGGAAUUAUUAAGAUCAAGUUUGGAAUGUUCCAAGUUAAACAAGGAGAAAACUAUAUCAUUAAAAGAACAACUUGAGGGAAUAGGAACUCGCUUGGGACUUGUCAGUAAUGAAAUUCUUAUACAUAACGAAAAUCUUAUGGAAGAACAGGAGAAUUUAUCUAAAAAAAUUAGUGAAGCAGAUAAAGUAACAGAUAAUGCAAUGUCAGUUUCAAAAAGUAGUGCAAUGGCAGCAGGAGUUGGGAUCGUAGCUGCGGUGGCGGCAGCUCCGUUCACCGGUGGGGCAUCUUUGGCCGUUCCUGUUGCGGAAGCUAUCGUUUGGAUAGGUAUGACUACUAUUCUUGGAAGUGCAGUCGCGGCUACAGUUUCUACUACUGUUGCCGGAGUUUCUUCAAUUCGCAGCACUUUUCUAAAUUCCAAUUAUCAUUUAAAAAAUACUUUACCAGAAAUGAAAAAGAACCUUGACAAUAUAAUUGAGAUGAUAUCUCGAUAUGAAUCUUAUUGGGAGAGUCAAAUUACCGAAAUUGAUGAUAUCAUUGAAAAAAUGGAACGUUAUAAAAAUGGAAGACAAAUGGUAAAAACCAUCUCCAGGGCCAUUUCAGAUAAAGCGAAAGCGAUUCAUAAAGAUUCUAAUGAUUACAGUGUUUGUUUGCGAAAAGCAGUGAAUGCUGAUAAGACUGGUAUGAUAUUAUGA